CACUUGAGUUAAUAUACUAUUGCGUGAUUGCUUAUCCCUCAUUUUUGUCGCUGUUGUCGUAUGUGAUGCGCCUUCAUUAAUUUCGGAAACCGCGAUGAAAUUUAGUACAAAGUUAACGGUAGCAUUUGUUGUCAUUGCCUCCAUUUCAACCUUUUGCGUAUCAAAAGAAGUCGCCCCCAGAGCUCCAGGGGAUGGAAAUUACUUUUGCAUGGGAGAAUGUGAAGUGGAACGAACGCGAUGUAGUUGUUCAAGUAAUUGUAAAGUGAAUCGAAGUUGUUGCACUGAUUAUGUUGAGUCAUGUGAAGGUGGGAGUUCGUGGACGGAAACAGAAUGCACUGCAUCUCAAGAUAUGCGAUGUCCUGAAGGAUUCUCUAAUCCGGUUCCUGUUAUUUUACUUUCCAUUGAUGGCUUCCGAGAUAUUUACCUCCAGCGAAAUCUAAGUCCGACAAUAUCAAAAUUAGCAAACUGUGGAGUCAGUGUUCCGUAUAUGACUCCUGUGUAUCCAACAAAAACAUUCCCGAAUCAUUAUACAAUUGUAACUGGACUCUAUCCCGAAAGUCAUGGAAUCAUCGCAAACAGGAUGUACAAUCAUAAUUUCGAAGAAGAGUUCCGUCUUGGUGCUGUUUCUUCGUUCAAUCCAGAUUGGUGGCGUGGGGAACCGAUAUGGGUCUCAGCUAGUAAUCAGGGACUAAAAACUGCCGCUUACUUCUGGCCCGGAAGUGACGUCAACAUUACAAGAUAUCCUGAUUAUUAUUAUCAGUAUGACGGCUCAGUUGACAAUGAAGAGAGAGUAUACCAAGUUCUUGAUUGGUUAGAUCUACCUGAAAUAGAGAGACCGUCUUUAAUUGUGUUGUACACCGAUAUUGUGGAUUCAGCUGGCCAUACCACUGGACCAGAAAGUAACCUCGUCGAUCAAAAGUUGAAAGAAGUUGACGAAAUGGUUGAAAUGAUAAUGAAUGGACUCAGAGACAGAGGACUCGAUACUUGUGUUAAUUUCAUGAUAACAUCGGAUCAUGGAAUGGCUUCUGUUGAUUGCGAUAAUCAAGUAAAAUAUCUAGAAGAUUACGGAAUAAAUAUGACUGAAGUAUAUUUUGAUGGAGGUCCAUAUGGUAGAGUUGGAAAGAGUAAAGAUAAAUUACUCUGGGAUAAAUUUGACGCCACAGAAGUUAAAAAGAAGUUGGAAUGCAAACAAAGCGAAACGCAUUGGGAGGCGUUCCUGAAAUACGAAUAUCUUCCAAAACGAUAUCAUUAUGUCACAGACCCAUCGAUUGAGGAUGUCCAUCUUGUUGUUGACGACGAGUGGUGGUUGGGCGGAGAAAGACCAUAUUAUUGUGAUCUAGGGGGUCACGGAUAUGAUGAAACUUAUCCUGAUAUGAGAGCCUUCUUUACAGGACAUGGUAUGAAACUGAAGAGAAACUACGUACGAGAUAAACCUUUUCAAAACAUCGAGUUAUACAAUUUAUUCGCGGAACUACUGGGUAUUGAGCCUGCUGAAAACAAUGGAACACAAGGAAGCGUUUAUGAUUUACUGGUAACACCUCCAUCUGUGCAGAAUGAAGGGGAAGGGAUGCAGUCUUCCACUUGUCCUUACUCGGGAGAUGUGAGUGAGGAGGAUUUGGGAUGCACUCCGUGUGGAGGAAUUUCGGAUACCGAAGCAAAUCAGAGGCUCAACCUCGAUGAGGCACAAGCCAAUCAAUAUAAUGCUCAAAAUAUGCUUUAUGGACAACCGCGUUUGUUUGACGAAGAUAGUGAAUUCUGUGUAUUGACUCAGAGAAAUUAUGUUACCACAUAUGACAACUUGCUCAAAAUGCCACGUCUGGUGUCUUUCGUCUUGAGUCCGGGGAAUAAUUGGAAAACAAUGCUGAGCAAGUGUUCGCGACCUGACGUUCGGAUUGAUUUAAAUGCCACUACCCCAUGUUCGCAAUAUGAAGAAACUAAUGACGAUCUAACGUGGACUUACUUGUACUAUCCAGGUUUAUCUGAAGAAGAGCCAAUAUCUGAUACAACUAUUACUUCGAAUACAGCUCCUGCGUAUGAUUCGUUUGUUGAAAUAUGGGAGUACAUGUCAAUGACAUUGAAUAAUUGGGCAAAUCUUUACAAUGGUAUAACUGUUGACGUUGGGCCAAUUUUUGAUUAUGACUCCAACGGCAUUGCUGAUUCGCAAAAUAUGAGGAAAAGCAAUGGAAGUUUUACGGUAGAUGACGACAGUGAGUCGACUCCCAUUCCGACCCAUUUUUUCCUAGUCAUGACAAGAUGCAAAGAUUAUAAUGGUGAUCGAAGUAUUCAAGAUUGCGCUGGAAACAUUGAUAAUAUAGAUGUAUUGAAUUUUAUCAUACCCAAUUAUAAAGAACCUCAAUGUUACCAGGAAGGAACUUCACAAAAAGAUUGGAUUCCAAAACUGCUCCACAGACAUGUUGCAAGGAUUAAAGAUGUCGAGCUUUUAACAAAAAUCUCAUUUUUCUCAAAACAAGUUUCUAGUCCAACUGCUAAUACUGAUAGUCACCUCUCUGCUAUAAGAACAAAAAUGCACAUUCCUCAGAUGGCAGACGACUGGGUUCAAGAUUUUUUAUCGGGAGUAACUCCAACCAGCAAACCAUUCAUAUCAACAACGAGUGGAUUUCCAAGAUUUGUGUCCAAUGUUUAUAUUUUAUUGCUCUGUAAGAUAUUCAUUGCUGUCAGUAACGUAGUGCUUCUGUGAUUGAUAGUUUUCUAAUUUUUUAUUUGUUUGUGCCAAUAAUUUUUUACAUACUUGAUUAAUUGAGAACAAUUUUACUUUUACCUAUAUUCAGUUUGUACGUCUGAUUUUAAAAAUAGUAAAUUGGUUGUAUUAGAGUAGCUAUUUAGUUGGGAUCAUAGUUGUGCCUUCACUCGAUUCGUAACCGUGCAGUAUGCGGAAAUACAUAUGCCAGAAAGAUCCGAGUUGUGCAAAAAUCCCAACCCAAGUUUGUCGAAUCAAAUAUUUGUAUGCAUUUUACAUAAAUUAAUUAUAUAUUCAGGAAAAUAAUGAAAUUUUGGAGAAUUUGUGACUAUGCAACCAUUAGAAAGUGGCAUAUAGUCGUUACAAAUAGUUAAAAAUAUUAAAUUUACAAACAGAUACUUUUCGACAUUAAAAAUCAUGCAACUUUUAACAUUCGUGAAGCUUCGAAACAACUUCAGAAUAGGACCGGCAACCAUUUACUUCAAAUUAAACAAUAAGACCGAUCGAGUACGUUUACAUGAUUGCCAGCACCAAACGUCUCAAAAUUAAAGUUUUGCAGUUACUAACCAUCUCUGUGUACAUAUUUCUUGAAAAUACCAUCGAAAUGAUUUCUAAAUUGUUUCAGCCCUUUGUCCUCAAUUUUAACGGCUCUAUAUUGUGUUUUAUUAAUUUAUCCAAA